AUGGAGCAGUUGUUGAAGAUGGUAUUGUGUCUUUCACUCUUUGUGCUAACUGCAUUUUUCUACGAAAAUAAUUUGUUCCAUAAAGUUAACUUUGGUGCAUUAAAAGUGUAUAAAUACGAUACUCUUAUAUCAAGGAAUGACUCAGUUUAUAUUAUUGAUACACCCGGAUGUAAAAUUCCAAAUUACGAGGCAUUUGAUCUUUCGAUUAGGGAAAAAAUUCUGCCUGGUAGGUUUACGAAUUGCGACAAGACUCGUUCAUUUCUUAAAAUAAGUUCAAACUGUCUUGAGAUAGAUCAUGCAGACGUGCAGAAAUCACAGUUCAAAAACUCAUUUUCGUUUUGUCGAGUACAUAGAAUAUAUCGACCCAGACAAGGACAACACCAUAAUUUUUUCAGAUACAUACCAAUAAAAGGAAGGCUUAUGACCGGUGACCAAUUAUGUCUCGAAAGUGACAUGGCACGAGUAAAAUGUUUUGACAGGAAAAACAGGACCAUUUUCACAGAACUUUACUGGAUAUACCAAAGGAAUGAUUCGUACGAAGAGCUUUGUGAUAAACGACUUAGAAAAAGGAUGGAUGACCCAAAGAUAACCGAAAACCUUAAUGUUCUGUUGCUUGGUGUUGACUCAACCUCUAGACUAAAUUCUCAAAGAUAUUUUUUAAAAACGAGACAAAUAUUGGAAAGGGAAUUUAAUUCUUUUGAAUUCAAAGGUCAUAACAUUGUAGGGAUGACUACGUUUCAGAAUGUGGUCCCUGUGUUAACUGGAAAGAGUAUAUACGAACUGAAAGAAGAUGGUAAAUUUGGAAACACCACAAUGGAUAAUUUUCAGUUUAUUUGGAAAGAUUUCGAAGAGAAUGGUUACAGAACGUUGUUUGCCGAAGAUGCAGCACACAUGGCUACAUUUGACUAUUUUAAACCUGGCUUUCAAAACUAUCCAGCUCAAUUUUAUAAUCGGCCCUGGUCUGUGGCCUGGUGGUAUGCUGGGUCACCACGCUGUAUGGGUGGUCGUUCGGAACCAGAAGCUGUGAUGGAAUAUUUAACAAAAUUUGUAGAUGUAUAUAAAUCAAAGCCGUACUUUGCUUUUGUGUUUCUUUCUUCGCUGACACAUGACCGUCAAGAAUUAUCUGCGGAAAUGGAUGAAGUCAUGUCAAAAUUCUUUACCAAAGCUUAUGAAUCAAAUGCGUUUAACAACACAAUGGUGUUUUUCUUCAGCGAUCAUGGAUUUAGAAUUGGUAGAACACGUUGGUCGAAUAUAGGCAUGUAUGAAGUACUGUCGCCUAUGUUAUUUAUCACUGUUCCCAAAUGGUUUUCUGAUAAGUACAAAAAGAUAGACAAAAAUCUAAGAAAUAAUGCAAAUAAGCUUACAACAGUUUAUGAUAUCCAUGAAACUCUUCGAGAUAUUUUAAAUUUCAAUGGACGAGUAGAAGAACACAGUUCCAUUCUCAGAGGAGAAAGUUUAUUUUCCGACGUCUCGAAAACUAGAAACUGUACUGAUGUUGGUGUCCCAGAGUCUCUGUGUUCAUGCAGCCAUUACAUAAAUGUUAAGAAUUUUUCUACACUAUAUGCAACACGCAACUUAUCUACAGAUAUUGUUUCAAAAUUAAAUGAUUUAUUAAAAAAUCAUCAAUCAGUAUGUGAACGCAUCAGUUUGGAUAAAACAAUAUCAGUUUAUCAAGAAGUUUCAGGAAGAAAGCAUACAUACCGAAUAUCUAUACGAACACUACCUGGGAAAGCAUUGUUCGAAGCGUCUGUUUCCUCAAUAAAUGACAAAUACCACGUUGGACAAAUAUUGCGUAUCAACAAAUAUGGUGAUCAAUCAAAAUGUUUGAACGACUAUUUCUUACGCAAUUACUGCUACUGUAAGGAUACUUGAAU